UCUUCUUCACGCAAAGUGGCUGACAGACGACCCUCAAAGAGGCUAAAAUGUGAAAAAGACAGUCUGAUAAAAUCAGAACUAGAAGGACUUCCAUGUGGAAGUGGAAAGCUUGCUGCAUUGGGGGAAACACCUAAAACCUCUGAUGGGGAUCAAUGUUCAGAAGAUCCAGGAGACCACAAUAUAAUUCAACAGAAAAAAGGUGAAAGCGUUCCAGAGACUAACAAAGAGAAACAGGAAAAGGAGCGUGGUGUUUCUCCCAAGCCAUGUGCAGUGCAAUCAAGUAUGGCUCCGUCAGAAACGGACAGGGAUGAACAUCUGCACAGUCACGAUUGCCGUGGAGAGGAGAGCAACUGUGAGAGUGCACUUUCAGAUGGGUCUGGCUUGGAGGAUGAUCUCCCAAAGCAGCCGAUACGACUGGACAACAGUGCUCUCUUGGAUGAAGACAGCAACCAGCCAAUGCCAGUGGACCGGUUCUUUGGAGAUGUUGCGUUUAUACAGGAUCUUCCAGCAGUUGUACUCCCAAGCACAACGAUGAGCAGGCGAGAAUUCAGGAAGCUACACUUCAUUGCAAAGGAAGAUGAGGAGGAGGAGGAAGAGGAUGUUGUCUAA